CUCUCCGUGGCCCCGCCCUCCGUCAGCUGUCAGUCGGCCGCCUGCAGUCGCUCAGCCCGCUGCCUCCAUGGUCCCGUCCGCGGCUCCUGCGCCCCUGUAGCUCCUCCACCAUGGGGGACAACGACGACAGCGACAUCAUCGAGCACCACGUCGAGGAGGAGAUGGAGAAGAAGGGCAGCCACGCAGCGUCCUCCUCCUUCCUGCUGGAGAGCGUCAGUCCGUCCGAGCGCGAGGCCCACAGCAGCACCCAGUCCUCCCACAGACUGCUGGCCUACAGCGACGCCCUCAUCUCCAUCAUCGCCACCGUCAUGAUUUUACCCGUCGCUCACACCAAAAUGGAAGACAACGAGGAGUUGAGACAAAGCGUUCAGCUUCUGCUCACAACCAAGAUCGCUGUUUACUUAAUGACGUUCCUCAUCGUGACUGUUGCCUGGGCCGCCCACAUCAGAUUGUUUCAGGUGAUUGUGCGCAUCGAUGACUGUCUCGCUCUGCUGAACCUUGCCUGCAUGAUGCUGAUAACCUUCCUGCCGUACACGUUUUCCUUGAUGGCGACCUUCCCUGAGAACGUCCUGGGGAUCUUGCUGUUCUGCGGCUGUGUGAUGGUGAUCGGAGUCAUUCAGUCGCUGAUCGUGCUGUACGCCUUCAGCCGGCCCUUCCUGCUCAACGAACAGAUCCAGAUCUCUGAGAACCAGACCUACUACAAGCACCACAUCCUCAAAGUCAUCAUGAGAGUUCCCAUCAUGUGCCUCUUCGCCAGCAUCUUCUCCUUCAUCUUCUUCCAGCUGUCCUACGUGCUCUUAGCCAUCGUCAUCUUCCUGCCCUACAUCUCCCAGUGUUUGAAGUGGUGUCGCAGCAAAGCCAUUGGUCAGGUGGAGGAGACUCCAGACUCCAUGUUGUUUUACACCUACCUGCCCAACGAACCCCUCAGCAAGGACCGCGUGGAGGCUUUCAGUGACGGAGUUUACGCCAUCGUAGCGACGCUGCUCAUCCUGGACAUAUGCGAGGACAACGUUCCCGACCCGAUGGUGGUGAAGAAGCAGUUCGGCGGCAGCCUGAUCGCGGCGCUGCAGGUCUACGGUCCGGAGUACCUCGCCUACUUUGGCUCCUUCGCCACCGUUGGCCUCCUCUGGUUCGUCCAUCACUCGCUCUUCCUCCACGUCACCAAGACGACGCGCUUCAUGGGCCUCCUGAACACCUUCUCGCUGGCGUUCGUCGGAGGUUUGCCGUUAGCCUACCAGCUGACGCACGAGUUCCCGCGCAACUCUCGCAACGAGCUGGAGGCCAUUCAGAUCAGCUGUGUCAUCAUUUUCUUCGCGGGAAUAUUUCAGCUCGCCAUCUGGGUGGUCGCGCUUUACAACGAGCAGGAGACUCUGCACCCGUACGUACGCUACGGCGGACGCGAGCACGUGUUUAUGCUAGCCAAGCUAGCUCUGUACCCCUGUGUAGCUUUGGGGACGUUUUUCCUGACGUGCAUUUUGAGUAAAUUUAGCGCCCCAAUUUUCCACCUGAUGGAGAUCACGGUGCCUUUUGCUUUUCUUGUGUUGAGGAUUUUAGUGCGCAUCGGGCUCGCGCUGCUGAGGCUGAUUUUCUGCCCCGACAGGCCCGAUCCGAGGACGGUGGUGGUGGAGGAGGAAGGUGACGAAACAAGAGUGCCGUUUAAUGCUUUAGUCACUUAGCUAGCUUGACGGGAGGGAAUGAAGAGUUGCUGCUUAGGUUUGACCUCAUCGGGAGCAUGUUGGGGUUUAAAUUAGGAACAAAAGGGUGGUUUGUUCUUUUGCUCACCGUUUAAACUGGUUCAAAUCUCACGAAGGAGCUGGUGCAAAUGGGAUUAGACAUCACCGCUCACAUUGAUGGAGAAAUCUAGAUCCCAUACGGGUGAAGAAAACUUACCGAUACUGGAAGCCAAAGCCUACUGAUUCAGUUGAUUUUCUUAACAGUAACAGGAAGAACAACCUAACGCUAGUCUGAUCAGACUCCUACAUCACUCUUUUGUGCAAAGUACAGUCCGUCCAACUGCUGUGGGUUUGAUCCAGCCUUUAUUCAUUCUUUUUUUUUACCUUUGUAACAUGUUCGGCCAGAUUCAGCUGCAGAAAGUCGUGCGUGAGUACUGAUGACCGAAUUAUUUCUAAGUACGUUGCAGGGAAAGAUGUAACUGCAGCACAAACAGGCGUGGGUUUAAGUCUGGGCACUUUAAACUUUGUACUGAUAAGAAAAGGCCAUAAACUUUCAAAUUGCACUAUUUAAAGUGUUUUCAGUCCGAUAUGUGUGAGUGUGAUACCUCCAGGAAUGUACUCAUCUUUUUUUGAAUUCAUCUCGGUGUUGCGUCGUAUUUAAAUACGAUUAGAAGACUGUGCACUUCAAUCCCUCCUGAAACAUGUAAACGUAGUAAAGGGUCAAAUUGAGCAUGUCUGGGUCACGUUUUUCAGUUUUGUGUUCGACAUACCAAUAUCAGGUUUUCUUGACAAUUCAGGAUUUGAAGUCAAAAAUCCAAGAUUCUCAUUGGAACAUCCAAACACGUUAGUCGUCCUGAUUUCUCCAGCAGGGGUCGCUGUUUGCCACGUUCAUCACUUUAAUGUAGGGAUGCACAACGCUGGACUUGUGCCAAUAUCCAAUAUGCUAAUACUGAUUUAUGCACGUAUGUUUUUCCAGCUGGUCUUUCCUGUCGUGGAUUUAACAUUUUAUUAUGCUAAUUCUUACAGUGUGGACUCACUGGUAGCUGCUUUAAAAAACAUAUGCUUUCACUGGGAACAACAAGAAAUCUACUCCAUCAACAGAAGUGUGAACCUUCAGUCUGCUGAUAUUUAAUCUUAAAAGCCGAUAUCGUUGUGCAUCCCGACGUUAAUCAUGAUAUUUGUGUUUUAAUGCUGACUCGGAGGGGACUUAAACGUGACACGCACUUUAAUAAAAACUUCCCCGGGGGAUGGAGAAGAGUUAAGUUAUACUGACAGGGACGAAAUAUCAACAAGAAGUUAUAUUUUUUAAGAUGAGGAGUGAGAAGAAAAAAAAAAAAACAACUCAGCUGGCUCUGAAUGUGGACAUUUUGACUCAUCUUUUUUUUUUCACAUUUCGCUUCACUUUCAGAUUCAAACUGCAUAAAAUCUGGUUUUAUUUGACGUGUAUUCUGUAUCUGUUGUGAUCUGUAAUCAUGUCUGGUAAAUGAUUUUAUAGAUAUAGAUAUCAUUUUGUUUCCUCAUCUGUCAUGUAGCCAAAAUAAUAAACAUGCUGUCAGAUAUUUUGACCCAAAAUGAAAAACUAUAUUUAUAUAUCACACGUUAAAAAACAUGCUUUCUUUAGAACUCAGUCUUUUUUUGUGUGUGUUGCCUUUCUCCAACUUGUUUCUCGAGGCCAGAAUAGUCGACAGUGAACAUCUGAGGCGCUCUAAUGCUUAAAUGUCUGUUUGUAAAAGCUGCAUCACGCUGCGUCUGCUCUUUCACACUCUGCCAAAAUCUAUUUUUUAAAUGUCAAAACACAAACUGUCAAGCUUUGUUAAUGUGAAUAAAUCUGAAGUUGGUCCUUUAAUGUGAAA